AUGAGUGGUCCAGAGAGAGAGAGAGAGGGAGCAAGAGAGAGAGUCAGCAGCAAAGCAGCUCAGAGAUGGAGUAGGACCUGUGCACAUACACACUCUUACACACAUUCUUAAUAACAACGCCUUGCUCCAACUGAAGCGCAGCCAUGCAGGAAUCUCCUGGCUCUAUUGGUGUGGAUGGAGGUUAUGCCAGUAAUGUGCCUGCCUUCCUCACCAAACUGUGGACCCUGGUAGAGGACCCGGACACCAACCACCUCAUCUGCUGGAGUUCUACUCCACAAUCUGGCUUACAGAAUCCUCAAAAUACUGGGACCAGCUUCCAUGUGUUCGACCAGGGCAGGUUUGCCAAAGAGGUGCUGCCAAAGUACUUCAAACAUAACAACAUGGCCAGCUUUGUCCGUCAGCUCAACAUGUAUGGCUUCAGGAAGGUGGUGAACAUAGAGCAGAGUGGUCUGGUGAAGCCAGAGAGAGACGAUACAGAGUUUCAGCACCUCUACUUCCUGCAAGGCCACGAACACCUGCUGGAGCACAUCAAAAGGAAGGUCUCCAUCGUGAAGAGUGAAGAGACUAAAGUACGCCAGGAGGACUUGAGUAAGCUGCUGUAUGAGGUGCAGGUGCUGCGCAGCCAACAAGAGAACAUGGAGUGUCAGAUGCAAGACAUGAAACAGCAGAAUGAGGUGCUGUGGAGAGAGGUGGUCUCACUGAGACAGAACCACACCCAGCAGCAGAAAGUCAUGAACAAGCUGAUUCAGUUCCUUUUCAGCCAGAUGCAAUCAAACACACCCAGUACUGUAGGAAUUAAGAGAAAGCUUCCCCUUAUGUUGGAUGAUGGCUCCACCACACCCCCAGCCUCUAAGUUCAAUCAUAACCACCAAAUGGAGCCCCUGCAUGAGCAUUUCUAUAUCCAGUCGCCAUCAACAGAAACUGCCUCUUGCUCCAAUAGUGCAAUGACAGGAGGACCAAUCAUAUCAGACGUUACUGAAAUGUCACAACCCAGCAACUUGGCCAUUCAAAUGCAAACAGAGGAGACAAGGGAUAAGUGUAUGAUGCUGAUCAAAGAGGAGCCAGUGAGCCCAGGGGUGAGAGGCCGGGGGGAGGGCGUCCCACUGGGCUCCUGUGAGGUGUGUUCUGAACCCCCCAUCCUCCCUGUUGCCAUGGUACAAUCCGUCCUGGAGGGCCGAGGGUCUGGAGCAGACAGGAGGAUCACGAGACCUGCUCUGGAGAGGCCAGAGGUACCUGAUGCUGUAGAGAAUGUGGACAUGAGUCUGGAGGACCUGCAGCUUCUCCUGAGGACCCACCAGCAGAGUGUGGAGCCCACCGCUGCUGUCAUGGAUCCAUUCAAUUUCAACCUGCCCUUGAGUGAGUGGAACUUUACUGAUAUGGAGUCCAAUCUGAAAUCAUACAUGUUUCAGAGCCAGGAGGCAGAGGCUUACCCCAACGCUGGUUGUGAGGAACAGUGACGGCUUGACAGAUCAACUGGCACAGGCUUUUCCUGACAAAGGCAGACCAGAAAUAAGACAUUCCUCAAGGCUCUCAGAUUUGUUCCAUCCCCAGUCGUCAUGUCUUAGAUCUAGCCCACCUGACCCAAUGUGAGCAGAGCAGGAGGGAUUCUUGUCACUCAGAGCUCUGUGGGCCUACCUUCCAUCCACUAGGAUGUCAGUUCUGGGGAGUUUUCUUCAGAAGCACUGUAUGGCUUUUCAGAGAACCAAAGUUUAAUCUAUUUGGAAUUAUUCAGACUUCUUUCACUGAAGUUCAACAGUUUUACUGGUGGGGACUCUGGCAGUUGUCACUUCAAAGGCUGAUCCGCAGGACAUCCUGACAUAAGCAAUGGCUUCUCUCCUAAAGCUGGACUGAUCUACAGUCGGAGUGUCUGACUGAGGGAUCUCAAUUCAUGAAAGACCAACCGACCAGUUGACAUUUCAAGGAUAAAUUCCUAGCACAAAAGUGGAGUUUGGAGUAUGACCGGCACUAUUACGAAGUUCCAAUAUUCUCUGCCAUCAUGCCAGCGGUAGUAUGAAAAGUUGCAUCAUACCACGGUGGCCCAGGUUUGUAAGCACUUUAGUCUCUGUGAGAGUUUCUGCUUGUGGAGCUGAUUUUUUUCCCUAAAUAGCAUAUUUGGUUGUAUAGAAAUCAUAUUUUCAUUAUAUUCUUAUGGAAAAUACUAUAUUUGUAUUUCAAAAUGAUAUUCAUAAGAUAACAGAAAUAGUGUUACUUAUCUUCUGUAUGUUUUAAUGUGAGAGGUCUAGGAAAUAUUUGAUGAUAGACUUCCCAUUUGAAAAAACAAUGAAGACACCAUACAUUGCUUUUUUGCACAAUUUGUAUCACUAUUUAUUCUUAAUCACAAUCCAUAUAUUUAUCUUGAAACACUCAGUGCUUUUCCUGUGCACAAGAGUACCUUUGAUAUUUAUCAAGUUGUCUAUGAUGACUACUAGGCUGUAUAUAAUAUAAUGCAUACAUUAGUAAAAUUAGAACAAGAGGUAGAUGAGCCAACUUCAUCUGGAGUUUAGAUAAGAUCAACAUGUAGACUCGCUAAACAGAGAGGAAAGAGAGAUGUUCUAGUGUCACUAAACCUGUGUCCAUCUAUUUAAGUGUCUUUAUUCUUCCAUCCAUCUAGCUUUCUACCACAUCCCUCUUUUCAGCUUUUCUGACUAGUAUAAGAUUAUUUAUUAUAGAUAAACAUUCUGUCCUGCCAUUGAUUUUAGUGGUGGGUAGGGGCAAAGUAAGAUUUCAAGACAGACGAAGAGCCUCUCUAGAGCCUCCAUUUGUUUCAGAGAUAGGCCAAAUCCCAUAUUGGGAUUAUAUCUAUUUUAUACAAACUCCAGAGGGUGCGGACAUGGACUGAUGAUGUAGGAGAUGGGUGCAAUAACCCCCACCUUCUUUCUCAAUGAUCUGAGCAGGUUCAUAUGAUUUUGAUAGACAUCAAACUGGUCGGACACAUCAAUGGGAGACACAAGUUGCCUUAAAAUGUCACCUGCAUCAAGAACUUUCCACAAAUGUGUGAACAUCAAGCAUUACCCAAAUGCUAAAUUGUGUUAAAAAAAAAAAAUAAUCAGUAGGCCCGGCUGCCUAACCUUGUAAAAAGACAUGACUGAAAACUGAGCUGUGUCUGUUGGAGGCAGCUGCUGACAUAUUCCCAUAUUCCUCAGAUAAUAUGUGAUUUCUGGGAAUCCAUUAGAAUCUGAAGAAACACAAUGCACUUCCUUUGACUGUGGAGGACACAUCCACAUGGAAAACAGCCCAGGUCUUUCUUGACAAUCUUCCUUUUGAACUGAUAAUACUAUACUGUGCAAUAUUACAGUUGUGAGAAUUCACAAGGUUGCAAUACAUCAAUGACCAUUGGAAUGUAGAAAGUAACUGUAUCAUAGGCUGCAUCAUGGUAAGUGACACCUGUAGCUAUAACUACAAGAGGAAAAUAUAAGGUGGCGUAUAAAUGAAAUUGCACUAAGAAUGAUCAUUGUAUUAGAUUUAGCAGUAUUCAUUUAGACUUAUUUUUUAUCAGUGUUUUCUUUAUUACUGAAAUAUGAGUGUUUCUCUGAUUUGCUAGGAGUGAUACUUUCAUUCAAUUGCUGUUGUAUAUUUUUUUAUUUUAUUCAUUUGCACUGGUAAUGAUCGGAUGUUUGAAAUAUACAUAAUGCUUGUCAGGAUUGCAGACUUAUCAAAGUAUUUUUGUUGUUUGAGGAAUCAUCUGCUGUAACAAAAUAAAUCCAUGGUCAUAAUGCAUCAUUGUCUAUGGCUUUGCAAUGACAGUGUUGUAUAUGGGUAGAACUGGACAAAAGUCACAAUGAAACAAAAAAUGUUUGCUAUGUAUGCAAUGACAAUACAAGUUGUAAAACCAGAAAAGUGAGCAUUGUACAAGCGCUCUUGUUUGCAUGUGGGGAAGAGACAGGGGUGGAAUAUUUAACCAAAAAGAGACCUAUCAUCAAAUUAUAGUAUUUUCUAAUGUAUGUGAUUAGUUUCUAAUUGUAAAAUAAAUAAAU